UUAAACUCGCGGUUCCUGUCUGAACUUGUCCCUCCUAUCCCUCUCUUUCUUUCUCCCUUCCACCAUUGUGGAGUGCAUAGAAGCUUUGUUCCUAGUGUGGUUUAUAAUAUUAACUGAAGAAAAGUUUUCUUUUUACAAAAAAGUACCUGAAAGUUCAAGAAAACUGCUGUUCUGGUUUUUCUACUCUCUUUUUAUUAUAUAUCAACACACAUUAAUCAUCCUUCACAAGAAGUGGACUAAUCGAAAGAAAAGAUACGAAUAACGAAGCACACAAGUAUUUUCUAAUUUUUUUAAACUAUACUUCUCAUCGUAAGAAAGGAAAUAGAACAAGAAGUAAACAAAACAAUAAAUUGAUUUGAGUCUUCAAAAAUUUGAAGAUCUUAAAUUAAUAAUAAACAUAAAUUAAAAAUAAACAGUUAAAAAGUUAAUAACAAGUAUGACAGAUGUUAUUGAACAUGCAGAUUUCUCAAACAAUUCAAUGUCAUUCAAAUCUUCAGAAAAUCCACACGUAAUGUCAUCAGUACCACCACAAUUGUCAUUAGAGCCAGGAGUAGACGAAGUUGAUAAUCCAGAUUAUCGAUUUGAAUUGGUUAGAUUGCAGAGCUUUGAAAAUUGGUCUGUUACAUUUAUAGAACCAAAAAGACUUGCAACAGCUGGCUUUUAUUAUGUGGGUGAAGCUGAUACAGUGAGAUGCUUCGAAUGUCGAGUAGAGAUACAUCAAUGGGAACAAAGUGUUUCUGUGGUAGAUCAUAUAAAGCAUUCGCAAACAUGCCGUUUUGUUAAAAAUGUACCGUGUGGUAAUGUACCUAUUGAUGCAGAUACUAACACAAUGUCAGUAUCAAGAUCAAAUACUGAAGAUGUUUGCGAAUUACGUGAUAGACCAUUUCAAAAUGGAUCUGUUCAGAACGAAUGUGAUGCAAUGUCUUCUUUUGAAUUACUAUUACCAAGUACUACUAAGUUAGCAUCUUUAGGUCUUGAAAAGCCAAAGUCACCAGUACAUCCAGAAUAUAUAAGCUAUGAUGCUAGACUGCGUACUUUUGAUACAUGGCCUAAAUCAAUGCCACAGAAGAAAGAUCAAUUAGCAAACGCUGGAUUUUUCUAUACAGGAAAAGGCGAUCAAACUUUAUGUUAUCAUUGUGGCGAAGGUUUGAAAGAUUGGGAGCCACAUGAUGAUCCUUGGGAACAACAUGCCAAAUGGUUUUCUAAAUGUUAUUACCUUCUAAUGGUAAAAGGGCAAGAUUAUGUGAAUAUGAUAAAAGAACAAGAGAAAGCAGCGUCAUCCAAGGAGGAAACAAUGCAGAUGAAUUUACCAAAUUUCAUUCAAAAGAUUCAAUCGUCUUCAGCGGAUUUCAAAGGCACAAAACAAGAAAACUCUAAUAAUUCUGAGGAGAAUGAUACAGAUAAUUUAAAUUCUAGGUCAAGUUCCAGUAAAGAAAAUUUCCAUGGUGCAAAGGCACAUAAAUCUAUAGACGAUGCAAGAUUAUGUAAAAUCUGUUAUGAUGCAGAACUAGGAGUAGUAUUCUUACCUUGUAGACACAUGGUUACAUGUGUUAAAUGUGCACCUGCCAUGACAACGUGUGCAGUUUGUCGGCAACCCGUAACAUUGACCUUAAGAGCUAUUCUUUCAUAAUCUAUAAAAUAUUUGUAUAAAUCAUGAGAACAAUAGCUCCUCUUUUUUGGAAAUUAACAACACUUAAUACUUAUCAACAUUUGUUUUUUCUUUUUUUUUUUUCUUUAUGCAUUCCAACAAAUAAUACUGUGAAUAGGUGCAAAAAGAAAAUUAAUGACAAUUUAAUCACAUGGAUCUUAACAGAAACUCAUACUACUUCGUCAAAUAGUAUGUUCCGUUUUAAUGUUGGAUACAUUUUAAAUUGUAAGAUGUAAAUAUACAAAUGUAUGAUGAGUGUGUUUUACAGUAUAUCAUGUAAUCUAACAUACGUUGCAUUUAUACUAUAGUCUAAAAUUCAUGAUUUCAUGAUUUAUUUGUUAAAAAACUUAGGCAGAUCGUUUAUACAUUUUCUGAUAACGAACACAAGAAAAAGAAAAACAAAUAAAUGAUAUUAUUCAAAUUA